CAAUGACGGAAAAAUUAAAACAUGCUGAACAAGCUUAAACCCUAGCUCUUAUUAAUUCGAUUCCACAGGGGAGAGAGAGAGAGAGAGAGAGGGAGAGAGAGAGAGAUUCAAACUCGAAAUUGCAUCAAUAUUCAAUAAUGUUUGACAGAGAAGAUAGUGAUUCCGACGCCCCUGAGGAAUUCACAGCUCUGCAGGGUAUACAACAAGACGAGGAGAUUCGCAAAAUUCAAAAAGAAAGUAAAGCUAGGGUUGCUCGCGAAGGGAAAGAGCGUAGGAGGAAAUGGGCUGAGAAAUUAACACCUCGACAAUCCAAAGAAAGUAAGGACACUGCUCAAGGUGAAGAAGAUGAUGUAUUAGGUUCUGAGCCUCAGCAUAAUUCAAAUCCAGCUUCAGGGUUUCUUCCAGAUGACAUAGUGAAAAUGCUGGCAGCUCGUGAGAAACAAGUUUUCUUGCCUGACUCUGAUGAGGAGAAGGAGAAGGCUAAAACAAAGCUUGCCACUUCAAAGAAGAGGAAAUCAAAGAACUCAGGUUUGGAACCUGUUAUUUUGAGCGAACUAGGCCCUCCUCAAUGUGUACAGGGUGCCUUAGAGUUCUUGAAAAAAAGAAAAAUGUCAGUCCAGAGAUCAUCCUCUGCAUUGAACAAUUCCAACAGAGCAUUUCGGCUCCUUUCUAAGUCUGGUGUGAUAUUACAGAAGUGAGCAUUUUUUUCCUUCUUUUCUAUUGCCAAUAGGUGCAAGCGUUUCGGAAUUAUUUGCAUCUUUGAUAUUAUUGAUUUUUGUCCUGGGAUAAUUGUACUAA